AUGCCGUAUGCUCGAUACGAGUGGCGCGGAAAGCUGCUUAAGUGCGAGCAACAAGAUCUUCUUGAUCUCUUCAAGGUAGGCUCGCACGUAAGCACACGCCGAUCGCCUCAGCCACCCCACAUGACGCGAGCAAUGCAAAAUUUCGCUCACGAGAUGGCCGUCCAAGGACUAAAGCCAGCGCGUAUCCGCACCGGAUUAAUGAGAAAGUUUAACCUUGGCCCCGAUACGUUGCCGCAACUUAAGGUCGUGCAACGUUCUGUCUACAACUACCUUUCCAAAACCGUUGGGGCUAAUGACUACCUCGACGACUUGAGGCGUAUGAUACGGGAAACAGCCUUUACAGGCCAAGAGCAAGAUUUCGAUGCAUUUUCAUUCACGUGGAGGACGGAAGAAGAUGGUAGACCGUACGUUGGGUCGGGAGCUGAUGAGAACCCGUUUUUGGUGGGGGUGUCAUCGAAGACACUACUACGCCAGGCAGAUCGGAAUCCUGCGACUUUCGUCCUGGACAUGGACGCAACGUUCAAAUUGAACCACGUGGACUACCCUGUGUUUGUCGUAGGCAUUACAGACUGUUGCCGAAAGUUUCAUCUUAUGGCAAUUUUUGUGUCUUCACAAAGGAAAGAAAUUCAUUUUUCUGAGGCGUUAAUGGCUCUCCGGAAGGUCUACUCUCAAGUGACCGGUAAGCAAUUAGCUGUCCGAUUUGCAAUGGGUGACGCAGACGACGCUCAAUACAAUGCCGUUGUCCGUGUACUCGGAGCUGAUUACGAAGUUGAAGUGCUUAUGUGCUUUUACCAUGUAGCUGCAAAAGUGCAUGAGAAGACUAGGAAGCUUCACCAUUCUCUCUACACUGUAGUGACUAGUGGUGUGCAUGACUUGCACUUUGCCGCCAGUGAGUUGGAGUAUGAAGAAGCCAAAACACGAAUCUUGAACGACUGGGCGCUGCACCCGGGCCUCGAGAGCUUCACGGAAUAUUUCAAGCAACAAUGGUUAACCGGUCGAUUUUGGAGAUGGCAGGUCUCCCAUACUCCUCCAGCAUUUGCUGUCACGAAUAAUCCCGUUGAAACGUUUAACGCGUCCCUCAAACGCGUCCCUCAAACGCGAUUACACGCAGCGUGUAAGGAUGAAAAUGGGCUCCCUGCUGCGUCAGCUAAUGACAUGCUGCACACACGAAAGCACCACUUCCAGAUCAUUUGCUGUAGACCCAGCACCAAGUGUCACCCUUGUCCGACGCGUUAG